CACCCGUUCAGUAGCUGUUAAACUCGCAUUACAGUCACGUUUAUAGUCAUCAGCCGACCGUUCGCACGGACGUUAUACACGCGCGCGCGUCCUCGUUCUCGUCGCCGUCGUCGUCAUCCUCCUCGUCAUUAUAAUUACAGUGUAAUAUUAUUGUCUCUCACUCUGCACCAGUGGAACGUUUGCGUGUCUCAUUGUCGUGUACGGUUUAUUUUUUUUUUUAUCCAUCAUCGUUACUUAAUUAUUAUUAUUUUUACCGUCUUAAACCGCGCAGCGUGUGUCCGGCCGUCUCCGUCGCUGCACGACGGGUCGUUCUUAAAUUUUAUUUCGGCCUAGUGUCACGAUCAUUCCGAGUGUCACGCGCGAUCUUCGCCUCGUCUCUGUGGUUCGCCGACGUGGAGUUUCGAUAAUACAAUAAUAUUAUAUAAUACCGUACAGUGUGCCUCUAUCGUCGUACGUGCGCUAAGGGUGGUUUCGCGUCGUCCGCGGGCGCGCGUGAGAUGCGUCGUCGUCAUCCGUCGUCGUCCGUCGUCGUUAUUCGCACCGGUGUGACGCGAUCCGUGUGAGAUGUUGAUGAUGAUGGACUGCAGCAACAGGAAGCCGCCGGCGGACCUGUCAUCCGCCGUGGUCGUAACGGCCGUGUCGUCGCCAGAGCUGGCGGUUGCUGGCACGUGGCACCCCCACGUGUACGGCAACCCCCCCAGGACGCCAACUGCCCACAAUGUGGCCGAUAUACUCGGAUGGACCAAAGCGGGUCCCGACGAACAGCCCCUAAACCUGUCGACGGCCAAGCGGCCAAACGGCACCGUGCUGGACUUGACCAAGAUCAAACGCAAAGCGGACGUAAUACCCACAGCUGCAGUGAUGUUGAACAACAAUAACAACCACAACAACAACAACAACGGCAGUCAUCUCCUACAACAGCACCAUCAACAGCUUCAUAGUCAUUAUCAUCAUCAGCACCAGCAGCACCAGCAGCACCAGCCGCAUCACCUUCAGUCGUUGCCGAUUACCACGCACAAUAAUAUCAUGACGGCUGCGGCGGCAGUGGCUACGACAACAACGGCGGCGGUGGCGGCCACGGCCACGGUCACGGCGACAGUCGCACCGCCGCCGGUGCGGAAGAAGUCACGGAAGGAUGUGCCGCCUUCGUCGUCGCCGGGUCUGUUGGUGAGCUCGUCUUCCGGUUCGCCGGCCGGACAGCAGGCCGGGGAGAGCGACGGUGGACACUCGUCCGACGGUUGCGGCGACCGGAAACGGAAGAAGGCUCGGACCACGUUCACCGGUCGGCAGAUAUUCGAGCUGGAGAGGCAGUUCGAGCUGAAAAAGUACCUUUCUUCGUCCGAGCGAUCCGAAAUGGCGAAAAUGUUGGGCGUCACCGAGACACAGGUGAAGAUUUGGUUCCAGAACAGACGGACAAAGUGGAAAAAACACGACACAGUGACGACGACGGAAUCCGCGGAUCCAGCGAUAGCUGCCGCCGCCGCCGCGGCGUCGGGUCUCGGAGGCGGAGGCGGCGGCGGAAUGGCCAAGUGUUCGCCGAAGGCCGCGGCCGGCGCCAAGUUUCUCAGCGAGGGCGAUGACCACUCGUCGCUGGAAGAUUCGGAGAGCUGCUACAGCAGCGUGGACGCGGCCGAGUCCAAGGUGGUCACGGCACGGACGCCCGAGUCGCUGCCGCCCACGUCGCCGACGACGGACAACGAGACAGCGGCCACGGCCACUACGACCACCGCCAUGGCCAGGGCGCCCAGUUAGAGGGGAAAUCCCAGUCGUCUUUCUCGAGAUAUUAUUAAUAAUGAUAAUAAUAAAUUAUAUACGAUCAAAUAAACCAACGGACGAUCGUUGUUGGAUAUUAUAU